CAGCAACACCGAGGUUUUUUUCUGAUAGGCCUGUUGUUUCAUAAUCAAGUUCUGACUGACUUGUACAGGCGUGGUCGGUCUUGAAGCUUGGCACACUGCAUACAUAUCUCCCUCCUCCAAUACGUUUCUACUGACGAUGAAGCCAACGGUCCUAGUCGUUACGUGUCUCUUCGUGGGCAUUAUGAAGGCGAACUCCGUCCCCUUACAUGAAGGGCGAAAGUUGCGAGUUCCUAGUCCAGAAGAAUUGGCAGGGCUGGUUGAUGGUGACAUGGAUAUAUCAGUUGACACAGGCACGUUUCGCAGCGCUCUGAAGGAUGAAGGUCAUCGAUGGCCAAAUGGAGUUGUCCCCUACACUUUCUCAACGAAAGAUAAGGAGCAGUUCAAUGCCACGGAAAAGGCGAACAUAACCGCCGCGAUGGAUCAGUUCCAUCAGCAUACGUGCAUCAAGUUCGUGCCCCGCUCAGGCCAGGAGGAGAGCUAUAUCCGUCUGCGGAAGGGAAGGGGGUGUUCUUCUCCUGUGGGAAUGAUGCGGCCCUCAAAGUUCUUCAAGACAGAAGGCCAGGUGCUGACCCUGGGAGAAGGCUGCUUCAUCCGUGGGACCAUCAUGCACGAGAUGAUGCAUGCGCUUGGCUUCUACCACGAGCAGGCUCGGUGGGACAGAGACCAAUACGUGUUGAUUAAGCCGCAAUAUAUCUUGAAAGGAAUGCUCUCGCAGUUUCGAAUCUUCGAUCCAAAACGUGUAAAUUUCGCCCUUGGUGCCCCAUAUGACUACGGCAGCCUGAUGCAUUACCCAAGUGACGCCUUUGUAUUGUAUGAUGACGAUGAUUCCAUCGUACCUCUUCAACCAGGGGCCAAGAUCGGCCAAAGGGAAGGAUUUUCUGACAUCGAUCUUUGGAAGAUCAACACGCUGUAUAAGUGUCCUGAUUUCAAUGGAGUGACCCUUGCACCAGAGGUCUUCACGACUCCAGCCAAGCCGGACUUUGUCUUAAAUCCAACGCCACCUCCGAAAUCAAAAGAGCAGUUCUAUUGCUCCUUUGACUACAUGAGUACGUGCGGAUUUCGUGAUGCCUUGGACUCGAACUUUGACUGGGAGAUGAGAAAAGGGGCUGCCCCAAGGGAGCGUACGGGGCCUAGAGCUGAUUACUCGGGCAAAGGUUACUACCUUUACACGGCGACGACUCUUCGAAAACCUGGGGACAAGGCUUACCUGAUCACACCCUUCCUGUCACCUGCCCCCGAGGGGGCCUGUCUCAGAUUCUACUAUCACAUGUACGGAGAGGAUGAGGGCACUCUGAAGGUUUACGCCAAGGACUACCUCGGCAACAAACAGGAGUUGUUCGAGAAGACAGGAAAUCAAGGAAACGAGUGGAAAACCUUUGCUGCUACUUUCAAGACGCACAAAGCUUUUGAGAUUGUGUUCGAGAGCACAGUGGGUGGAUCCAAGGAUGCAAUCCUAUCACCCGCUAGCGACAUGGCCAUCGACAAGUUUGAGUUCAGACCGCUGGCGCUGUAUCCUAACCUCGGAUGUGAUGGAGCGACACCUGUCGGCGACCGUUAGACCUUGGGGUUAAAAUAAUAAAAUACGGAUUGCAA